UUAUAAAAAUUAAAUCAAAUAAAAGAAAUAAAAAAGAAAGAGAAUUCAACCAACGUUCCUCUGGAAAACGCGAGAUUAUAGAAUAGUACUGUACCUACUUCCUUUCAGCGAGCGGAGAGAGAUUGAGAGAGAUUAUGAUAUUGGACGGAAUCGGAGACGAAGAGAAAUGGCUGGCAGAAGGAAUCGCCGGCAUUCAACACCAUGCCUUUUACAUGCAUCGUGCUCUGGACGCGAACAAUCUCAGAGACGCUCUCAAAUACUCGGCCCUGAUGUUGUCUGAGCUCCGAACCUCGAGGCUUUCGCCUCACAAAUACUACGAUCUCUAUAUGCGAGCCUUCGAUGAAUUGAGGAAGCUGGAGAUGUUCUUCAAAGACGAGAGCAGACAUGGUGUUUCGAUUGUUGAUCUCUACGAACUUGUUCAGCAUGCUGGCAACAUAUUACCAAGAUUGUAUCUCCUAUGUACGGUAGGUUCUGUGUACAUUAAAUAUAAGGAAGCACCUGCCAAGGAUGUGCUUAAAGAUCUUGUGGAAAUGUGUCGUGCCAUUCAACAUCCAAUGCGUGGGCUCUUUCUAAGAAGCUAUCUUUCUCAAGUCAGUAGAGAUAAGUUACCUGAUAUUGGCUCUGAGUAUGAAGGAGAUGCUGACACUGUCAUGGAUGCUGUAGAUUUUGUGCUACAGAAUUUCACAGAGAUGAAUAAGCUUUGGGUUCGAAUGCAGUAUCAGGGACCUGGUCGGGUGAGAGAGAAGCAUGAAAAGGAAAGAAGUGAACUUCGUGAUCUUGUUGGGAAAAAUCUACAUGUUCUCAGUCAGAUAGGCGUGGAACUUGAAUUGUAUAAAGACACUGUUCUUCCCAGAGUAUUAGAACAGGUUAUCAACUGUAAAGAUGAGCUGGCCCAAUAUUAUUUGAUGGAUUGCAUAAUCCAGGUCUUUCCAGAUGAGUACCACUUGCAGACACUGGAGACAUUAUUGGCUGCAUUCCCCCAGCUUCAGCCAACAGUUGAUAUCAAGACUGUGUUAUCUCAAUUAAUGGAGAGGUUAUCAAAUUAUGCUGCGUCAAGCACAGAUGUAUUACCUGAAUUUCUUCAAGUGGAAGCCUUCUCUAAAUUAAGCAGUGCUAUUGGGAGGGUGAUAGAAGCGCAGAUUGACAUGCCUAUUGUUGGAUCCAUAUCUCUUUACGUCUCUCUUCUUACAUUUACACUCCGUGUUCAUCCUGAUCGCCUUGAUUAUGUGGAUCAAGUACUGGGAGCAUGUGUUAAGAAGCUAUCUGGAACAACCAAGCUUGAGGACAAUAGAGCCAUAAAACAGGUUGUUGCGCUGUUAAGUGCUCCCUUGGAAAAAUACGAUGACAUUGUCACAGCCCUCACACUGUCUAAUUAUCCUCGAGUUAUGGAUCAUCUUGACAAUGGAACAAAUAAAGUCAUGGCAGUGGUCAUUAUUCAAAGCAUUAUGAAAAACAAUUCUUGUAUCUCCACCGCUGAUAAGGUGGAGGUGUUGUUUGAAUUAAUUAAGGGACUCAUCAAGGAUUUGGAUUGUACUUCUGCAGAUGAGCUUGAUGAGGAGGAUUUUGGAGAGGAACAAAAUUCUGUUGCUCGCCUUAUACACAUGCUUUAUAAUGAUGAUCCAGAGGAAAUGUUAAAGAUCUUAUGUACGGUCAAGAAGCACAUAAUGAGUGGAGGACCAAAGCGCCUACCUUUUACUGUUCCUCCUCUUAUAUUAUCUGCACUCAAGUUGGUUAGGCGGCUGCAAGGUCAGGAUGGAGAGGUAGUCGGAGAAGAGAUGCCUGCCACACCGAAGAAAAUUUUUCAGAUUUUAAAUCAGACUAUUGAAGCUCUUUCCUCAGUUCCAUCUCCUGAACUGGCGUUAAGGUUGUACUUGGAAUGUGCUGAGGCUGCUAAUGACUGUGAUCUUGAACCUGUUGCUUAUGAAUUCUUCACUCAGGCGUUUGUAUUAUAUGAAGAAGAAGUUGCGGAUUCCAAAGCCCAGGUGACUGCAAUACAUCUCAUUAUUGGGACUCUCCAGAGGAUGAAUGUAUUUGGCGUUGAGAACAGGGAUACUUUAACACACAAGGCCACAGGGUAUUCAGCAAAGCUUUUGAAGAAACCUGAUCAGUGCCGAGCAGUGUAUGCGUGUUCACAUCUUUUUUGGGUUGAUGAUCAGGAUGGUGUUAAAGAUGGAGAAAGGGUCUUGCUUUGUUUAAAGCGUGCCUUGAGAAUUGCAAAUGCUGCUCAGCAGAUGGCCAGUGUAACUCGGGGUAGCAGUGGGCCAGUCACGCUCUUUGUUGAGAUACUGAACAAGUACCUCUAUUUCUUUGAGAAAGGAAACCCCCAGAUUACAAGUGCUGCAAUCCAGGGAUUGGUGGAGUUAAUUAAAACUGAGAUGCAAAGCGACUCUACAAAUGUGAGUCCAGCCCCAGAUGCAUUUUUCAGCAGCACAUUGCGGUACAUACAGUUCCAGAAACAGAAAGGUGGGGUAAUGGGCGAGAAAUAUUCCCCUAUCAAGGUCUGACUCUGGUUUAAAGAGAUUGUCAUAUUUGAGGACAAUAAAGUUUGGAGUUGAGAGGAAGAACGAUGAGGAGAGCCGACGUGUGAGUAUAGUCUAGAAAAAUGCCUCUGAAUCGUAAAUGAGGAGCAGCUAUGUGCAGUUUCUUUUCCUCUUUCCCUUUAGGCAGUUGGCGCUUGUCAACAGGACAAAAUCAUUCUAGCGUGCAAAAGCUCUACAUGAAGUUUGGGAUUGACAUUGCAGCGAAGCUUGUUAUUUAUUUAUUUAAUUUUCUUUUUCUGGGAAAUGAUAUUGUUAGAUUUCAAGUUGAUUGGAGAUCUGAAGGAUUAUUCUGUAUGCAACUCAGUUGAAAUUGUAUGAUGUAUAAUUAGUGUUUUUACAUUCAAAUUAUGGAAAACUUGGUAUUGGAUAAACAGGCGUAAGCGUAAAUAAUCCUCUCAUUUUCUUUC